GAUCAAGGUCAGAAUCGUUGACGARGAGGAGUAUGAGAAAAACAAGACCUUCUACGUGGAGAUGGGAGAGCCUCGCCUGAUGGAGACCAAUGACAGUAAAGCUACAGAGGUGGCUGUGAAGGAGGUGGAAGAGGAGACGCCACUGACAGAAGUGGAUGAUGAGGACCAACGCAUCGCUGAUAUGGGCCGACCCAUGCUGGGGGACCACGUCAAACUUGAAAUCAUCAUUGAGGAAUCCUACGAGUUUAAGAACACUGUGGACAAGCUGAUUAAGAAGACAAACCUGGCCCUGCUGGUGGGGACUAACAGCUGGAGAGACCAGUUCAUCGAGGCCAUCACUGUCAGUGCCGGUGAGGAUGACGAGGAUGAAGAAUGCGGCGAGGAGAAGCUGCCGUCCUGCUUCGACUACGUCAUGCACUUCCUCACCGUCUUCUGGAAGGUUCUGUUUGCGUUCGUGCCCCCGACAGACUACUGGAAUGGCUGGGCCUGCUUCGUGGUGUCCAUCUGCAUGAUCGGCCUGCUCACAGCCUUCAUCGGGGACCUGGCCUCCCACUUCGGCUGCACCGUGGGCCUCAAGGACUCUGUCACCGCCGUGGUGUUCGUUGCCCUGGGGACCUCUGUGCCAGGUAAUAUUAUAUUUUAAACUGGUGUUCACGCUGCGUUUARUUGCUGUGUAAUAGUCAUGGUAGCAUUCCUUUUACGGAGGACAUCAGAUGUACUACUACAGUAUGUGAUGAUUGUGGUAACGCUUUCCCUAAACAUGUCCUCUAGAUUUACUCUCUCCUAACACUUCAAGUGUCCAGUCAUUACCUCURCCAUUUUCCAUUUACACUGCUUAUACCUAUGCUAGAUAAUGUUUACAUGUGUACAUG